GCCGAUGUGUUUUUUUGUGUUUGUGUUGACUGUGUGCAUCCUAUCUAUACAGAGAUCAGACGUGUACUCUUAAUGCUUCAUUUUAAGCUAAUAAAAUCCACUCUUUUGUGGAGAAAAAUGAUUUCAUUUAUCGUCCAUGGUUCAGCCCUAUGCCACAUGCCCACCGUACAUAUAAUACGGCAGCCAGCCUAGUGCCAGGUUUUUUUUUUGCGCGGUCAGUCUAGUGACUGUUAGGUGCAACUCAAACCUUAUCGUGUUUGAGUGUACUGAAAAUUUUGAAAUUCAAGGCUAUCAAUUUAUUUUACUUUAGCAGCAAUGACAACUCCUCUGAUCGGCGGCUAGCCGGCUACACCUCUGAUCGGCACGUUGUCGCUCGCUGACAGCCGGCGACAUAUCACAUAACAUAGCAUGUGGAGACGAGGAUGGCCGAGACUGCAACAUUCGUCCGUAGUACUGAAAGAUGGGCACGAUAACAGCAGUGACCAACGGGAAAAUAUUGUCGCACGUCACGUUGAACGAGCGCUACUUUUCUACUGAAGAGACCACAUGAUGGCUGGUGGGAUUGGUGUAUCUAUGGAAAGCACGGGGGGAGCGAGAGCGCCCACGACGGUGCAGGAGCUGGCCGGCGCCCUCGCCGCGCCCGUCGUGCCGGCCCGGUACGUCGCGCGCGGACAACACGACCACGACCAGCAGCCUGCGACGGCGGUAGUGGCGCCAAUCCCUGUCAUCGACCUCGGCCGCCUUUUCAAGCUGGACGACACCACCGCUUCUGCCGAGGAGGCAGCGAAGCUCCGGCUGGCGCUUGAGUCGUGGGGUCUCUUCCUGGUGACUAACCACGGCGUAGAUGCCGCCGUGAUGGAUGGCAUGAUGGCCGCUUCGAGGGAGUUCUUUCAGCGGCCACCGGAAGAGAAGCAGAGAUACACCAACCUGAUCGGCGGCGAGCGGUUCCAGCUCGAGGGGUACGGGACCGACCAGGUGAGCUCGCCGGACCAGAUCCUAGACUGGUCCGACCGCCUCUUCCUCAAGGUGGAGCCGGAGGACGAACGGAGCCUCGCCCUCUGGCCGGCGCAUCCCGAAACCUUCAGGGAUCUUCUUGACGAGUUCACGAAUAAAUGUGGGGAAGUGAAGGAUGGUCUGCUCCGGGCAAUGUCAAAGCUGCUGGAGCUCCACGAUGACUACUUCGUGGACCAGCUUGGGGAGAGAGCUGACACUUAUGUUAGAUUCAGCUACUACCCAGAGUGCCCAAGGCCGGAGCUCGUGUUCGGCCUUAAGCCCCACUCUGAUGGGAGUGUUCUUACCGUGCUCAUGGUCGAUGACGUUGUUGGUGGCCUGCAACUCCUUAGAGACGGCGUUUGGUGGGAUGUACCGGUCGUGCCCCACACCCUACUGGUCAACGUAGGAGACCAAACUGAGAUAAUAAGCAAUGGGAUCUUCAAAAGCCCUGUGCAUAGGGUUGUCACAAAUGCUAAGAAAGAGAGGUUAUUAGUGGUUUUGUUCUACUCCGCUCGUUCUGAAAGAGAGAUCGAGCCAGCUACUCAGCUGGUAGACGAGAAGAGGCCGGUGUUGUACAGAAAGAUCGAGGUCAAGGACUACAUUGCUGGACUCUAUGAACAUGUCUCUCAAGGGACAAUGGUUAUCGACACGGUGAAAAUAUUCUAAGUGCGGUGUCAUGUGUUUCAUGCAAAUUCUUUGGCCAUUCUGGGACCAAUAUACUCAUCUGUUAUUUGCAUGCCGACUGUCAAGUGUCUUAAGUACUCCUUUUGUUAAACAACCCAUGCCGUUUUCAGGUUUUUUGUGUGGU